AGAGAGAGAAAGAGAGAGAGAGAAGAGAGAGAGAGUGUUUUUAUUGUAUUGUACAAUAAUUACAGUUAUUUGUCUACUGUAUAUGUGCAGUUCAGAGUCUAAAAGGGAGAUUUAUAAGCGAGGGUUUAUAAAGUAUUUAAUAUAAAUAUAAAAGAUAUAAAUAAAUAAUUAGCGGAUUGCUCAGAUUUCGGUUAUCGCGGGUGAUUUAGGAACGCAUUACCCGCGAUAAACUAUAGGGAUCAUUAAAUUGUGUACUGAAAUUAUUUCAGUAGUAAACUCAUAGUAGUAGAAUUAUGAAAAGUCAUUUACUAAACCAAGUCUCAUUAAGAAUCAUGAGAGGCUGGUGAGUACAAGAAGUAAAAAAUAACAUAUAUAUACUCUUAAGUCCAGAGUACAUUCAAAGGCAAAAAAAGAAAAAGAUCAAGUGUCUGAUAGUGAGCUAAGCUUUGAUCAUAGUGUAGUUAUUUCUCGUCGAAACCAAACAAUGCGAUGCAACCGUUUUUUCAAAUGGAACAAGAGAAAAUAUUUAGCUAUUUGUGCAUUCACUUGUUUCCUUAUUGUGGUUACAUGGAAUAAUUUCAACGCCGCCCUUGCUGGACACCAAUUAUUACAAAAGAUUUGGUCUAGUGGUCGUAGACUGAUAUUUUACCUGCCUGGAAUCGGUCAGUCAUUUGUAAAUAGAAUGGCGCAAGAAAAAAACUCUACUGAGUUUAUUCUCCAAAGACUUCAAACAAGAGCACUAAACAUGAAGGUGGCUUGCCGAAAUAACGCGUUUAUGUUUUACAAUGAGACUGAGAACUCAUCAGCGAUCUCGUCACAAGAGAAAUCAUUUCUUGUGAACAGAGAGCAUCGCUUACUAUACUGGGCCAUCCCAAAGAUAGCCAGUUCGUUUUGGAAGCGUAUCUUUAGAGUUCUUGACUCGAGCAACAAAGACGGUCAAACAAUAUUUAACAUAACCAACAUGGAAGCUCAUUUAAACGUUCCACAGUCCAUGGUAUUCCUAAGCUACAGCAGACCUGAACAGGAAGUCAUGCUAGCCUCGUACAGCAAAUUUUUCUUCGUCAGAGAACCUUAUUCGAGACUUUUCUCAGCGUAUGUAGACAAGCUUCUUAUACCAAAUGGCUUGGGAAAGACACUGAAAAAAGAAAUGGUAAAAUCCGGAUUCCUUGACACAUCCAGAUGCAUCUGGAACGUAUCAUUUGCCGAGCUGUGUCACUACGUAGCCAACGCUACACUCUCCGGACGCCCCAUUGACUAUCAUCUGAAGCCGAUCAGCUUCCAAGAAACUUGUCGAUUCAAUGCCAGCCUGCUCGGUCACCUGGAGACGUUUACUGAGGAUAGCAGAGCUAUAUUAUUCAGCUCAAAUAUAUCCAUCUCAAAGAUUUCUGGACAUGUCCUUGACCUAGACAGCGAGAACGAGCUUGGAUAUAUUAACGACAUAACCGCCAGGACUAUGGAAGUGCUUAAUACCAGGGAAACGCAAUGUCUGGGACGCUUUGAAGCUUUGCUUCGCCUGUGGAAAGUAUUUCAAAUUCGUGGUUUUAUUUCCAAGACAAUAUCAUUUCCAUUCUAUCAGCGGAUUGACAAACCAGAGUCUAUCAAGUCCAAUGAGCUUGUCUACGUGGCCACCCAAGCUUACAGUAUUUCAGGCCCAGCGGAAGUACGUCACCGACAAAGGGAAGAGGCCAUGCUAGAAGCGUAUGCAGGACUUCCGGAGGAAACCUUGGUGAUGUUAGAACACUCUAUGAGCAGUGAUUGUACUUUGUUGAACUACCCAUGUGAUAUUCGUAAACGCAUUAAGUUAUACAUAGCUGGGGACGAAUUCUUUUAACUUAGAUUUGGUCUAAAAAUAUAUAUUUCAAAAUUGUUCUUGAAAAGUUAAAACUUUUGUAAAAGAAUACGAAUAGUUUUAGUGAUUGUUACGACAUUUGUAUUUCAUGCUUGUUGAAUUGUGCGUUAUAUUGAAAUAUUGCCAAUGUGUCAGUAAGCGUUUAAUAUUUUAAAUGUAGGAAAAUAUCAGUACAAUGGACCUCAUUCACCAAUCGUAAACAAACAACAUUUAGCCCCGUGAUUCUCUAUCUCUUCUAUACAAAUUACGUAACACACUAAGGCUGUCACGUGAUACGUCUUUUUCGUUGUUUUAUCAAUAUUAUAACGUGGCUAAAUGUUAUUUGUUUACGAUUAGUGAAUGAGGUCCAUUAGGGUAGAAUGACUAUUUCUUUUUUUUUUAAUUCUUUUUCCUUCGCCUUACUAUUUUUCUGUCAUUUUGUUUUUUUUCAAAUAUUUUUUUCUUUUAGUUUUAUCAUUUCGUAUGUAAAAAACUACCUUUAGGCUUAUACGAAGAAAACAGCGUAUACUUUGUUGAAUUUCUCUGUCUCUCUUUCUUGAUGUAUAUUUCUUGAACUGUUUCUUUCUUACUAAGUCUCUUUUUCUACCUGCCUCUUUUUGUUUAUAUAUAUAUAUCAAUCUUUUCAAUUUAUCUUCUUUCUCCAUCUUCCCAAUAAAUCUCGCUUCUCUAUCCAACUUACAUGUCAUGUAAAACUGUUUUUUAUCUUUAUAUAGUUUUUUUCUGUUGUUUAUUAUCUCUUUCUUUCAGUCUCUUUUUCUCUCUUCCU